GGGAACACCUUUGUUUGAGAAAAUGCCUUUUUAUGAUGCUGGGGAACAAAGAGAUACAGCCUAGGCAGGAGUGACACUUCAGAACCAGCAAGGCCACAAAAGUAGAUAACCACCUGACUAAUAAGUCACAGGGUUUGGGGGGGUGGUCUCUGAGAGGUAGACAGGCAGAAGUGAGAGAAGACAGAGAGGCAGGAAGUGAGGGAAGAACUGGAGGAAAUCCCCACCCGUGACAGUAGAACUCUUCGGGCCACAUGCGGCAGCUGGCGUAGUUUGAGGGACUGUACGGUGAACAGGAAUUCCGAUGUUCCUUUCUGUACACCCAGGACCACAUCCUCGGUAAAACUGACUCUGUCCACAUCUGCAGCUUGGGAGUUGGUGGAAAGAACUUCAUUUCACACCUAGGUUUAUGGGGUACAGAGUACACCCCACCUCUUCAGAGGAAGAGACUAGCAGAUUAGGACAUGGGAAACCCUGAAGCAGGACUUGGGGUUCCCAGUGAUCCUGCUGUCUCUGAGCUGACACUGGGGACCUGACUGGGGAUCCCAAGUCUCCGGGUCUCAGGCUAGACUUCUUUGGGCAGCCACUGUUAGGCUGUCCUGGGAGGUUCCAGCUCAGUGCCCAGCAUCACCCCCUUACUGGCCUGGCCCCCCUGUCAGGUGAGCAGGCACGUGAGCACUGCCCUCUGUACCUCCCACCCCCAGACACGCAUAAUGCCAUCAGCAGGCUCCCCAUCAGCCUGAGCAGCUCGCUCCUGAGGACCGCAGUGUGCGGGAGGCAGUGUAGCCAGGCUGGGGGCACCAUCACAGAGAGUGAGGCCAGUGAGUCCGGCAGGGGACAAGAGACCGAGAGAGUCACGGAGGAGCAAGAACGGCAGACCUGACGCCAAGGAGACGAGACAUGGAGCCAGGGCUGUGUUGCAGGGCUUACCUCCUGGCUGGCAGGCUUUGGACCGCCAUCAGCAAGGCGCUGUUUGCUGAGUUCCUGGCCACAGGGCUAUACGUGUUCUUUGGUGUGGGCUCGGUCCUGCCCUGGCCUGUGGCCCUUCCCUCUGUGCUGCAGAUCGCCAUCACCUUCAACCUGGCCACGGCCACAGCUGUGCAGGUCUCCUGGAAGACCAGCGGGGCCCACGCCAACCCCGCUGUGACACUGGCUUACCUCGUGGGAUCUCAUAUCUCUCUGCCUCGGGCUAUGGCCUAUAUAGCCGCCCAGCUGGCGGGGGCCACCGUCGGGGCCGCUCUUCUUUACGGGGUAACUCCAGGAGGUGUCCGAGAGACCCUUGGAGUCAACGUGGUCCACAACAGCACGUCAACCGGCCAGGCGGUGGCCGUGGAGUUGAUUCUGACACUGCAGCUGGUGCUCUGUGUCUUCGCUUCCACGGACAGUCGGCAGACCUUGGGCUCCCCAGCUGCCAUGAUUGGGACCUCUGUGGCACUGGGCCACCUCAUUGGGAUCUACUUCACUGGCUGUUCCAUGAACCCAGCUCGCUCCUUCGGUCCUGCCGUCAUUGUUGGGAAGUUCGCGGUCCACUGGAUCUUCUGGGUGGGACCCCUCACAGGGGCUGUCCUGGCUUCGCUGAUCUACAACUUUAUCCUGUUCCCUGACACCAAGACGGUAGCCCAGAGACUGGCCAUCCUCGUGGGCACCACCAAGGUGGAGAAAGUGGUGGAUGUGGAACCCCAGAAGAAAGAAUCCCAAACGAACUCAGAGGACACAGAAGUGAGCGUGUGACACUGCACAGCCCCUGGUCCCUCGGGCUUCUGGGGCGGCUUGCCUUGUAUGACCUGGCUUGAGGUGUCCCUGGUGUUAGGGGGAACCGGGAGGCUUGGCCACUUGUUAUAACAGUAGGCACCAAUCUCUGUCCCCGACAAAAAUGUCGUUUCUUUUCCUCUCCUGGUUUUCUUUCCUGAGAUCCACCUCCCGGGCCAACCUCGUGUUCACAGUCUUCCUGCUUUGGCCUAUGAUAUAGCUGGGACUUAGGCACAGCACCGUGGCUGACUUCUACAUUAAUAGACAGAAAGAAUAUGGAAGUAAAUCCAUCCAGUUAGUUCUCCAAGGUCUUCCUUGCUUUUUCUUUUUCUUUCUUUCGGUGUUUAAAAUUUUCCAUACAAAGUAAUGCGUACAUUGCGUCCUUUUCAUUCAUACUUUGCUUUUGUUGACCUCUUCCUGGAUCCCCCCUCUUGGACACUUCCUGCCGGUCCCCUC